AUGAUACAUUUAUCCCAAUGUAAUUGUCAUCCGGUGGGUUCACGUGGUAAAGUUUGUAAUCAAACAACAGGACAAUGUCUAUGUAAAGAUGGUGUUACUGGUUUAAGAUGUGAUCGAUGUAUGAAAGGUUAUCAACAAACAAAAUCACCUGUUGCUCCAUGUAUUAAAACAUAUGAUUUUCAGCUACCAACAUUAUAUAAUACCUAUCAUCGACAAGAUCGUACAAAUGAUUAUCAUGAACAAGAUGCUGAUAUUUAUAAUAAUCCAACAACUGCAUCAACAACAACUCAUCAAACACUUGUACAAUAUAAUCCAUCAAUAGAUAUGGAAGAAUAUUGUGGUGCAUGUCGUUAUUAUAGUCAUCGUUUACAUUUUAAAAAAUAUUGUAAACGAGAUUAUACUAUUCAUGCACGUGUAACUAAUCGACAUGAUGCUGGUCAAUGGGUAUCAUAUUUAUUAACAAUAAUACGUGUUUAUAAAGAUCGUCUUAAUCGUAUACAAGAUAGUGAACAAUGGGUAUGGGUAUUACGUAAAGAUGUUCAAUGUUCAUGUCCACGUUUAAAACUUGAUCGACAAUAUUUAUUAAUGGGUUUUUAUGAUCAAGUGCAAACAUCAUUAAGUCUUGAUCGUAUAUCUGUUGUUAUUCAAUGGAGACCACGUAUGGAACAACGUAUGAAUCGUUUUAGACAAUUAGAAUUAAAUAAAAAAUGUUAA